CACACUUCCAAGCACACUAUCAUUGACUCUCUCUCUCAUUAGAGCGCACGCAAGCGUACAUACACUCACAUUAUACUCACAGGGGUUACCUGCUGGAUCAAUAUAUAAGAACAGGGGAGUGUGGUACUUUGGCUCCUUAUCCCCUGUUACAACAAUCAACAAGCAGAAUGGCAGAGGAGUACUUUGGAUUUUCCUGGGUCCGUAAUAUAGAAAGAAGCAACAAUGCGACCGUGGCCAUAAACAACCCAGCUGAUAUUUCAGUGAUUGUGAUCUACUUUCUGGUAGUCCUGGCUGUUGGAAUAUGGGCGAUGCUAAGCACCAACCGUGGGACGGUGGGCGGGUUCUUUCUGGCAGGACGCAGCAUGGUGUGGUGGCCGAUUGGCGCAUCCCUCUUUGCCAGUAACAUCGGUAGUGGCCACUUUGUGGGACUGGCUGGGACUGGCGCUGCCGCUGGAAUCGCCAUUGGGGGAUUUGAGUGGAACGCUCUUGUGGUGGUGAUAAUCCUGGGAUGGAUUUUCGUGCCCAUCUACAUUAAGGCUGGGGUUGUAACAAUGCCUGAGUACCUGAAGAAGCGCUUUGGGGGACAACGCAUACGCAUCUACCUCUCAGUACUUUCCCUGCUCCUAUACGUCUUCACCAAGAUCUCUGCGGACAUGUUCUCUGGGGCAAUAUUCAUCAACCAGGCCCUGGGGCUGAACAUUUAUCUGGCGGUCAUUCUGCUGCUGCUGAUCACCGCUCUCUACACUGUCACAGGAGGCCUGGCUGCUGUCAUAUAUACAGACACCCUGCAGACGAUCAUCAUGGUGGUGGGCUCCUUCAUCCUCAUGGGCUUCGCUUUCACUGAGGUCGGGGGUUAUGACAAUUUUGUGAAAAAGUACAUGGAGGCCAUCCCUACGGUUAUCAAUCCCAACAUCAGCGAACGUUGCUACACCCCGAGACCGGACGCCUUCCACAUCUUCCGAGACCCCCUCACUGGAGAUAUGCCCUGGCCUGGCCUGAUCUUUGGCCUCACAAUCCUGGCUACGUGGUACUGGUGUACUGAUCAGGUCAUUGUGCAACGCUGUCUGUCUGCUAAGAAUAUGUCCCACGUGAAGGCUGGCUGCAUCAUGUGUGGCUACUUGAAGCUGCUGCCUAUGUUUCUGAUGGUGUUCCCUGGCAUGAUCAGCAGGAUUCUGUACACAGAUGUGGUGGCCUGUGUGGUCCCAGAGGAGUGCCAGAAAUACUGUCAAGCCAGUGUGGGAUGCAGCAACAUUGCCUACCCUAAGCUGGUGGUGGACCUCAUGCCACAAGGUCUUAGAGGAUUGAUGCUGUCUGUGAUGUUGGCAUCUCUUAUGAGUUCACUGACCUCAAUCUUCAACAGUGCCAGCACCCUCUUCACCAUGGACAUCUACACCAAAAUUCGCCGCUCUGCCUCUGAGAGAGAGCUGAUGAUCGCUGGCAGGCUGUUUAUCCUGGCACUGAUCGGGGUGAGCAUCGCCUGGAUUCCCAUUGUUCAGACAGCCCAGAGCGGCCAGCUCUUUGACUACAUCCAGUCCAUUACCAGCUACCUUGGCCCACCCAUUGCUUCAGUUUUCCUGCUUGCCAUAUUCUGCAAGCGUGUCAAUGAGCCGGGCGCAUUCUAUGGGUUGGUGAUUGGAUUGGUCGUUGGACUGGUGCGAAUGAUUGCAGAGUUUGCCUUCGGAACUGGCAGCUGUGUCAAUCCCAGCAACUGCCCCAAAAUAAUCUGUGGCGUGCACUAUCUCUACUUUGCUCUUCUGCUGUUUGGACUCACCUGCCUGUUGGUGCUGGGAAUCUCCCUAAUGACCAAGCCCAUUGAUGACAAGCAUCUGUACCGGCUAUGCUGGAGUCUCAGGAACAGCACUGAGGAGAGGGUGGACCUCGAGGCCGACGACUGGACUGGACAGGCAGACUCCCACAGCCUGGAUGUGGAAGAGCCCUCUGAGGACCAGGGCUUCUGCAAGAAAGCCUACAACUGGUUCUGUGGCUUCGAGCAGAGCAAAGCCCCAAAGCUGAGUCCCGAGGAGCAGGCUGAGAUGCAGAAGAAGCUGACAGACACGUCGGAGCGCCCCCUGUGGAGGAAUGUGGUCAAUGCCAACGCCAUCAUCCUCCUGGCAGUGGCAGUGUUCUUCCAUGGCUUCUAUGGCUAGCCUAUGUCCUUACUUUUGCUAUCAAUGGGUCUCGUAGCAACACUAUCUUGUAUUAUUCUCCAGAUAAUGAAGUUAACUGAAAUAACUGUAAAGGAAUAACUGAAAAGGAAUCCGGAUUCAUGGUUCUGAUCAUCUAAUGCAGGAGUAAACUGCUCUGUACAGUGCUACAGUGCUAAGAUAUACAUCUGUCUCCAUAUUUUUUCCCCAAAAAAGCUUGUAACUCCUUUUCAAAGACUUCAGUUAGAAGGCCAGUGUAACUUCUCCUGUCUUAUCUUACAAAAGAGUUUUCUCAGCUUGCAGUGCGUUUAAAGUAUCCCUUUCACACAGAGGUGCUAAUGGUAUUUUCUGGUUUUCAUGUUUCACCAGUAGCUUGGGAGCUAAAAUAUGCACAGUGACUACAUAUUAUUCAAACAAUACCUCCCAAGUGAUUUUACUGAGUAAAGUUUGUCCUUAGAAACACUUUCUGCUGAUGUUUAUUUAUUUGUAUUAACAUGCCAUAAACUAUGUCAUAAACCACUUCUUUCUUAUUUUGGAAAUAAAUGCCGGAAACAUUGUGGAAUAGAGUAAAGCGACAAUAAGAGAAAAUUG